AUGCCUGUGAAGAAACAGGCGAAUCCAGGGCCCCCGCCGCUCGGCGCGGGGGCGGCGGUGUCGAAGCUGUCGAUGAUGACUCCUUGGGAUACGGAUUCGUCAGAAGAGCGGUCGACCGUGAGACCCCAGCCCGCGGCUUCGCGUGAACUUCCUGCGAGUUCCAAAGACGCAGGUCCAAAGCCUAAGGGUCCUCCGCCGGUUCCACCUCCGCUCCCAGUUCCUCUCCCGUCGAAAGAUGCCCUAGCUCCUGAGCCUUCGCCGCUUGCCGAGAGGGCGGCCUCCCGUGCCAUGAACGCCGUGAUCGACCCCGGCUUGGACGACGCACCUGUGGAGUCGAAGAAGUCGUCUGCGAUCCGGAAACUCGUGAGUGGAGUUGCUCGUCUCGGUUCUAAGGUCUCUUCGCAGACCUCCGCGUCGAUGCCGGUCGCCGGACAGCCAGAGAAGCAAAGUCCCAGCACGAAGGCCAUUCCGAAGGACAACCUGAAGAACGUGAGUUCGAGCCUGUCGGGGAGCAAGCUGUCGGCCAUCGACGAGGGUUCCGCGGUUUCUCUGGGCGACGUUCCCGUCAACGCUGGAGAGGGCUCUGGCGCGGGACCUGCCGCUCGGCCGCCUGCGAAAGAGCCGGCGUUGGCGUCGAAAGCCUCGCUCAAACAAACUGCGCCAAAGACGUCCCAGGCACCGAAGGCGAAGAAGCCGCCUCAGCCUCCUCCAGGCCCCGAAGUCCUGACUCCAGGGUCAGGCGGCAGCGACGCAGCGAAGGCGAGGAUCUUGGCUGCUGCGCUGGCUGAGCUCGGGCCGGUCUCGGCAGAAAGGUCGAAAGCCAGCAGCCGCUCUGUCGGUUCGAACUCCACAGGGCGCACCGCGAACGCGGCGGAGAAAGCGGCGAUGCGCAGCGAAAUGCGGUCCGCUCCCGCCAAGUCUUCGCUCUUCAACUUCGACAAAGACGAGGGCGAGAAGAUGGAGAAGAUGCUGCAGCUCGCGGAGAAGGCGGUCGCGGCGAAGAAGAGCAAGGAGAAGGGCGACUCGGACGAGAAGCGCGGAAAGGCCGAACGGGACUGGCUGAAAAAGCUAGAAAAGGAGAAAGACAAGCUCGCGAGGGAGCUGUCGGACGCGAGACGGUCGGCAGAGGUCGAGAGGAACGAGAUGCGUAGAGAAAUCGCGGCUCGCGAGAACUCCCUCAAUAUGGAGAGCGCUGCGCGACUCCGCGAAAUCCAGAAACGAGUCAGCAACAUCGAAGCCUACUACCGAUCUAAGUUAGAAGCCCAGGUCGAGGAGAAGAGAGCGGCGAACCAAGCGCGCGAGAGACUCGAACGGGAAGUCGCAAGCCUGCGGGAGCAGCACAAACGCGACAUCGCUGAAACCAGCCGAGUUCGCGAACGUGAGGCCGCGAAAAGCGAACAUAAACUCCAGUCAAUGACCGAGACGAUUCAGUCGCUGACCACUUCGGUAGCGCAACUCCAGGAAAUCAGCGACGUGUCGCGGUCGGCGCUCCAGGCCAUGGAGGAGAGGAACAAGCUGGCCGCCGCAAAGAUUGAAAUCAUGAGCAAGAAGGAGGCGGACCGCGAAAAAGAAAUGCGCAAACUCAUGCCCACUCGGGAAGCGAAGCGCCUGGCCUUUCGGGCGCUGCAGAAGGGACGCGCCGUAGAAAUGAUUUUUCACAUCCUCGCGCAUGCGAACAACGCCGUCCUCGACAAGGCCUGGGCCCUCGCCAAGAUGACAGAAGUCCUCGGGGGAAGCUCUUCGAGUCUCGUCUACGGCAGAGGUCGAGAUCCAGUCGAGGACCGCCUCAUGCAAUUCAGAAAGGAACAAAUGUUCCUAAUGACUGAAAACGAACGACUCAUGAACGAGGUUUCUCGGCUGCAAGAGGUUGUCGCAAAAAACAAAGGCAUCUCCCUAGCAGCGGAUGCGCAAGAACAAUCAAGGUUGCUCGAACAGAUCGUCGGCGAGCCGAACCGCCGAGUGUCAGCGACACGCUGGCUCUUCUCCGUCGUCCAGAAUGUGUUGCAGCGGCGGCUGUUUCUUGGUUUCACUGCGCUCAAGGACGUGAUGGCCGAAGACAAACGCGACGACGCCGUCCGAUCACUGCAAGAUCGAUUCAACGAAAUGCGUGUCACCGCCUACCAAGACAUGAUGAGGAAGAUGGCGAUGACGAGAUUGUUAUGCAUUAUCAAGAAUCUUUGGACUAAAGCGGCAUUCCGGUUCUUCCUUCCUUUGUUGACGAAUGCGGCGGUCAGACGAGCGACGCAACAAGAUGAGAGGCAGUUUCUACAGAACGGCCCAGGCGGAGUUUUUGCCGUUGAUGGCUCUUCUUUUCGAGUGGCUUCAGGAGAGCUGCAAAGGGUUCCCCUGUUUCAAGGAUCCAAGACUGCGGCAGGCCAGUUCCUACCUCCACCUACGUACAAAGACCAGUCGUUUCUCCCCACAAAUGCGCCGGUUGCAAUACAGCCGCACUACUACGGGCAGCUACCAUCGGUGCAGAGGAAAAGAGCACAAAACAUGUUUAUUCCCGUUCGAGAGAGCCCUCCCUUACCGACGGGAUAUCUCGGGCAGGCAGGCUACAUGGAUGGGCAGAUGACAGUGGGUGUGCCCCUUAGUGACGUUAAAGGGUCGCAUGCCCCGCCGUUCCCUACCCCGCUCGGCACUCGCCUUGACGCGGUGGCUAAGAACAUCCCACCGGAUCCGUAUUCAUCGGAGCCUGCACGUGAAAAGGUCGACGAGGUAGCAGGAACGUUCAGGAUGCGCACAGCGCAACAGGGUGUCCAGAAGAGACUCUGGGCUGAUCAAGACACAAAGGGGAGUCCUGGAAGAGUUGGCAGAGCCGUGAGCCGAUUAGUCAGCUGA